UGGUCCGUUAGCUGCUGUUUGGACACGUGACACCAGAGAUGGCAGCCUGUACCCGAAACAGAGAUGGUGAUGACAGCAUCCUGGAGCCUCUGUGUUUCCCGGAGCUGCCGUCUGAUGCUCCCGGUGCUCCCGGUGCAGAGCUGCUGGUGUGUCUCUUCUGUCCCGACUCCGUCCCCCAGCAUCAGAAAGACGUCCUCCUCAAACACCUGCUGCUGGAGCACAAGCUGGUCAUCGCGGACGUCAAACUCAUCGCCGACCUCCCGAAGUACUUGUUGUUCUGGAGAGGCCGGUUCCAGGAGCAGCCGCUCACAGAUUUCUGCAGCGUCAUCAAAACCAACUCCACGGGCCCCGUAGAGAAGCAGGAGGACUACUUCCUGCUGUGUGACGUCCUCCCGGAAGACCGCCUCCUCCGGGAGAAGCUGCAGCAGAGACGCCUGGAGGAGGUUUUGGAUCAGCAGCAGCAGGAGAGGGAGGACAGCAGCUUCCAGCGGGUCUGCAUGUUCUGCAGCGAUGAGUUCUCCGGAAACAGGUCGUCUCUGCUGAACCACAUGGCCCGGGAACACUCGUUCAGCAUCGGACUGCCCGACAACAUCGUCUACUGCCAGCAGUUCCUGGAUGCGCUGCAGAUGAAGCUGGACAACCUGCAGUGUCUGUACUGUGAGAAGACGUUCAGAGAUAAGACCACGCUGAAGGAUCACAUGAGGAAGAAAGCGCACCGCCGCAUCAACGGCAGCAACAGCGAGUACGACCGCUUCUACAUCAUCAACUACCUGGAGCUGGGGAAGACCUGGGAGGAGGUGCAGAGCGAGGAUGACCGGGAUCUGGGGGACGAUGGAGACGAUGAUUGGUCGGACUGGCAGGCCCAUCCCGUCUCCGCUGUGUGUCUCUUCUGUGAUCAUCAGUCAGAGACCAUGGAGCAGAUUUACACACACAUGAAGGAGGCGCACCGCUUUGACCUCCAUCAGCUGAGGACGGAGCUCAGCCUGCGUUUCUACGAGCAGGUGAAGCUGGUGAACUUCAUCCGGCGGCAGCUCCAUCAGAGCCGCUGCUACGGCUGCCAGGAGGCGUUCAGCUGCAGGGAGGAGGUGCUCCGUCACCUGCAGGCGGCCGGACACGUGAUGACGCUCCCUCACGCCUCCACCUGGAACCAGCCGCAGUACUUCUUCCCCACGUACGAGAACGACGCCCUGCUCUGCACGCUGUCCGACAGCGACGGAGACGAGCGGGACAAGACGGGUCACAGCGAGGACGUCCCGGUGAUCGCAGAGGACGUCUCCGACCUGCGAGCGCUGAGGCAGAGCUCCGUCCUCAACUCGCUGCUGAAGAGCCGGGGGUCCUGCAGAUAGAAGACCUCCUCCUCCUUUGCUAUCUCAGAAGUUCAGCCUCUACCUGACGUCGAUCCGAACCACAGAGAAACAUUUAGACUCUUCCUGAUUAUUAUCGAGUGAUUGAUCAGGAUGCAUUGAAGCAGGUCUCUCUCUCAGGUGCACCCUCACGAGUCAGGGUCCAACUUAACCUCCAGCUCAAGGGAAGAUAUGAAUCAUACAUCCGAUAUAAAUCCCGAAUAACCGAGGGAAAAAGACAUGACAGGUCCUGCAUUGAUAAGUAUCACAAUGUCCUGAAAGUAUUUAAUCUAACAUCUAAAAUAAAACAGACCCAACUCCAAUCUGAAGUGAGACCCUGAAAGUGAACGUGGCCCAUCACCCCUCUCUCUGUUGAAGACGGAAUAAAAGUUGUUUAUUUACCUCC